CUUUCCCAAUCUAAAUAUUGUAGCACAUGACACCACUUAUUUCUGGGAAUAUACGAAGAUUUUCAUACUUCGUGAUGUCUAGGACAGUGGUCAUGAGUUUCCAAGUAUGGCUGGUAUUUUUCUACUUAAUCGAUUCAAUGGUUGUUGGACAAAUGCCGUCAGAAUAUAAAUCUAACGCUGAGUCAUACAUUACACCUUACCAAUCACUUGGAAAUCUUAAACCAACAAUGGGACAAUCCAACUUAGGGUUUGGAAACUCUAUGAUGCAUAUGGGCCAAAAUAACGAUCUUUCUGGAGCGCAAAGUUCACAUUAUCAACCUAGUAUGGUUCCCGUUAAUCCAACCGAUUUAAGAAGAAGUGUACCAAUGAUGACAGGUGAACAACAACCAUACCAGGCAAUGCAGUCCUUUAGAAAGGAAUCAAAUGUAGGUGUUCCCCAAAGAUUUGACUUUCAGGACUUUAACCCGACUAUGUUGAAUGGACAUAACCCUUACAACAGUCACCGACCUACAACUAUUAUCACCCGAGACAGAGCAAAUAACCAACUCGUCGAUUCACAUGGACCUUCAAAUAGAGUAUAUGGUCCAAUUAAUCACGUUGGUCCUUCCAAUGCAGGAGAAGAUACGAAAGGAAGAAAGAUAAUAGGAUAUAAAACUGUCCUGGAGAAACGAAAAGUUGCUGUCGUGACGAUGACAAAACAACCUGUUGUCCGAAUGAAGAAAGUUAUAAAAAAAGUUCCAACAAUACGAAUGGUUACAAGAGAGGUUGUACUUCCAAAACAUUAACAUAUAUUAUGGACAGCGAAAUGUAAAUUAACUUAAUAAGCUGUAUUGGAUUAUUUAUUUUAUGUUUGGAUCGCUUUCGUUGAAAAUAUUUUAUAAAAUAGAAAUUCGGACGAGACCGUUUUUUGUCAUCUUGUUAAUUUCGAUAUGUAUAUUUUAUCUAAAUGUCUACACAUAUCAUUAUAUAAUGUUUUAAUGUAAACGCUUUGUAAAUAUGUGGUAAUUAUUCGUUCGGCGCCACUGGGAGUAGGUCUAAGAACAAAAGGGUAGAUUGGCACCCAAAGCUUCAGAUUUAUAUUGUUCAAUUUACUUAAUAUUAUUUACUAUUUAUGAUAUUAAAUUAUAAAUGAUUAAUGUGAACUGAUGAUGAUACUAUCUAGUAAAAUGGCUUAUUUUGAAAA